GAGCACUGCCGGGCUGGGCGGCGGGACGGGACAGCGGGAGCGCGGCUGGGAGAGCUGGGGGUACAGCCAUGAGGGAGAUCGUGCACAUCCAGGCGGGACAGUGUGGAAACCAGAUCGGGACCAAGUUUUGGGAAGUAAUAAGUGAUGAGCAUGGCAUUGACCCAGCCGGAGGCUAUGUCGGUGACUCAGCGCUGCAGCUGGAAAGGAUCAAUGUCUACUACAAUGAAUCAUCUUCCCAGAAAUUUGUACCGAGAGCAGUCUUGGUGGACUUGGAGCCAGGAACCAUGGAUAGUGUACGAUCUGGUCCUUUUGGUCAGCUCUUUCGGCCCGAUAAUUUCAUCUUUGGACAAACUGGUGCAGGAAACAACUGGGCUAAAGGACACUAUACAGAAGGGGCAGAGUUGGUUGACUCUGUACUUGAUGUAGUAAGAAAAGAGUGUGAACACUGUGAUUGCUUGCAAGGAUUUCAGCUCACUCAUUCCCUGGGAGGAGGGACAGGAUCUGGCAUGGGAACCCUACUCAUCAGCAAGAUACGAGAGGAAUAUCCGGACAGGAUAAUGAAUACCUUUAGUGUCAUGCCCUCUCCAAAGGUUUCUGAUACAGUGGUGGAGCCUUAUAACGCUACGCUUUCAGUCCACCAGCUGGUUGAAAAUACAGAUGAAACCUACUGCAUCGACAAUGAAGCUUUGUAUGACAUCUGCUUCCGCACCCUGAAGCUCACCACUCCCACAUACGGUGAUUUAAACCACUUGGUUUCUGCUACCAUGAGCGGGGUAACUACAUCCCUGCGUUUUCCAGGCCAACUAAACGCUGACCUCCGGAAGCUGGCGGUGAAUAUGGUCCCCUUCCCACGCCUUCACUUCUUCAUGCCAGGCUUCGCUCCUCUGACAGCCCGAGGCAGCCAACAAUACCGAGCACUCACCGUGCCGGAGCUCACCCAGCAGAUGUUUGAUGCCAAGAACAUGAUGGCAGCCUGUGACCCAAGACACGGCCGAUAUUUGACGGUGGCCACUGUCUUCCGUGGCCCCAUGUCCAUGAAGGAGGUUGACGAGCAGAUGUUGGCCAUCCAGAACAAGAACAGCAGUUACUUUGUGGAGUGGAUCCCAAACAAUGUCAAGGUGGCGGUGUGUGACAUACCUCCCCGUGGCCUCAAGAUGGCUUCCACUUUCAUUGGCAACAGCACUGCUAUUCAAGAGCUCUUCAAAAGGAUCUCGGAGCAGUUUUCGGCCAUGUUCAGGAGAAAGGCCUUCCUCCACUGGUUCACAGGAGAGGGAAUGGAUGAAAUGGAAUUUACAGAAGCAGAAAGCAACAUGAAUGACCUGGUUUCAGAGUAUCAGCAAUACCAGGAAGCAACAGCAAAUGAUGGAGAGGAAGCGUUUGAAGAUGAUGAGGAAGAGAUCAAUGAAUAAAGAAAUUAGGUGUGCAGUUUUUUCCAGUCCAAAUUCUCAAUUCUUGAUUUCUGACAAUUAGGCUUGUAAAUUCGUAUUUAUGUUAAAAAGAAAAAAAAAAAAAAAAAAAAGGGAGCAUGAAUUUCAGGUGUUAGAGGUGCUCCUCAGAGUCCAUUGAGAUCACUGAGAACAUUCAACAUUUCUGGAAAUCAGGCCAUUUCUAUUCAUGAGACAAAUGUAAGGCAUUCAUUUAAGGCUUUGGCCUAAGAGUCUGAACACAGAGAUUGCUAGUUUGGGAUAUUUUUUUUCCAAACAGGUUGUCAUCCCUAAAGCUGUAGAAGAGAAGAUGUAAAGUAGGCCUGAAAAUCUUCAAAUUAGAGCUGUGCUAUUUUCAUCUAUUAUGGGUAAGAAAAGCUUGAGGGUUUGAAGCACUUAUUCUGUACCAGAUGUACAAUACUGAACUGCCAGAAACAAAAUUUAUUCAUAAUAAAAAGAAGAAAAAGUUUUUUUCAUGUUCUGUACAGUAACUGCUGACAGUGAUAUUUGAUUCCAGUACUCUAAAACCAAAAUAAAAAUAAUUAGUAUCCUCUCAA